AAACUCGCUCGCACGGCCGAGCCGCUUCCGCGGCCGCAGCCAACAUGCAAACCGUACCGCUACCUUUUCGCAGGAGACAUGACAACCAGGUCUGCGGAUCUGUCGUUGGCAUCGGGCCCCGGCUGCACGGCACGCCCGCAGGCCAGACGAAUGCUCCAGCAGCAGCGGCAGCGCCGCUCAUCUUCGGUAUUCUCUAGACUCGUGGAAAGCAGGAGCGCUUUGGCCCUGGUCGUGAUGCUCGUGGUGGCACUGAUUACUGUGCCUGUGCACGGCAGUAGUACGGACAACGGUGCCGCUGCCGGCCACCGCUCAGCCAGUAGCUCGGCGGCGGAGGUGGCUUCAGGGGCAGAGGUGGCUGCAGGGGCGGAAGCCGCGGUGGAGGUGUCCGCGGCUACGCGGGUCAUCAUUGAUGAAGGCGGCGGUGGGGACGGCCGGCGGAUGCUGCUGGGGGAGGACCUGCAUCAGGUGGCUAAGGACCUGCUGGGCCACAUCAAGCGUGUGGCUGCUGCUGCUACUGCUGCUGAGGGCGGCCCCAUGGGCAACGGCACGCUCAGUGACGGAGCCAGCAGCGUGCAUGUGUCCCACGGACGCAGACUGGCCUACAGCGUGGGAGACAUUCAAGGCGCCCGGCCCCUGGUCACCUGCGUGGUCAACAUCGCGACCUCGGCCUGCAGUGUCGUGUGUACAUCUGACCCCGGCGGUAUAACGCCAGGCAUCAUAAUAGGGAAGGAGUUAAAGGCUUGCCUGGACGCGAGUGGGCCUUUUUCUAUGUUGGGCGUCGUUGCGAGUGGAACUGACCGCAACGGGGAAUUCACGGAUUCCUCGUUCGCCGACUACGGAAUGACCUUCAUGGGCGUGACGUACCUGGCACUCUCAGUCGGCAUAUAUGGCGUGCCCCUGUCACACAAUGGCGGUCUGAUUCGUUGUGCUGGGUGCGGAGGAGUCGCCAUCACGGGCGAGGCAAACGACCUGUCGGGUUCCCUGGACGUCUUCAGCGUCAACAGCUACGGCCCUUUCCGGGCCUUUGGCUCGGGCGUGCACCUCAUUGAGGCGCCCGUCCUGGUGCUGUAUGAUGUGGAGUGCAACCGGGUCGCCAAUGCGCUCGGCUUCGUGUGCGCCCAGCAAGUCUACCCUUCCACUUACAACCCUGCAGUUCUGGUGGUGGAGGGUUGUGAUUUCACGGAUAACUCCGUCCAGGGUGCGGGUCGGGACCCUGAGUGCUACGGCGUCGGGGGCGGCUAUCCCAACUUCAAGUAUCCCGCCUACUCAUAUGGUGUAGUGGCCAUGACACCGGGCUCUCAGACCCCGUGCGCCAGCUGCGUCGUGUCCGUCACCGUAAAAAACUCCAGAUGGUAUCGCAACACGGCGGGAUGUGGCGCCGCGCUGACUGUUGUGGGCGCAGCUGGCGGAGCGAUUUCGGUGGACCUCCAAGACUCCGUCACUAUGGCGAACAACGUGGCCCGGCUCAAAGGCGGAGCCAUCUACAUCUACAACGUCGCCAACAACGGGCCAGUGGCGGUUGCCAAGAUUGCCUUCACGGGCUCGGCAAACAUCCUCAACAACAGGGCGAGUAUGGGCGGCGCCAUCGCAGUGCAGGACGUCACGUGGACGGCCGUGUACACAGUGCCUGGCUGCAGCAUGACCGGCAAUCGCGCCGAAGCCUCGGGAGGGGCCGUGUACACCACACAAUCUUUCGGCCACAUUUCUCUGAACAGUGGCGGGAACCAGAUCACCGGAAACUCCGCUGGUGGAGAUGGUGGAGCCUUCUGCGCCGCAGGCAAUCUCCUCAAGCUGGAGCUGCUGUCUGGCAGCCAGCUGAGCAGCAAUUCUGCCUCUGGGAGGGGCGGCGCGAUAUUUGUGGGCAAAGCCAUUGGCGAAAUCGUCAUGAACCCCGGUUACAUGGAGCUGAACACAGCAGCUGAGGGCGGCGCCAUCUACGCGCAGGGAGACAUGACCAGCACCGUGCGGGCACUCAUCAACGACGUCGCAGCUAGCUCACUUGCCGCCUACGUGCCCUUCAUCAGCGGACUCAGGGGCGCAGUAGACGCCCUGUUUGUGGCCGUGGAUGGCACCAUCCCAGCCGACGUGAGGGCCCAGCCUGAAGUCGCCACGAUGAUCGACAUCUUACAGAACGGGGGCAUGGGCAUAGGUUCCAUUCAGCUGCUAGGGGGCUCCGCAUUUAAGACGAAUUCAGCAAAUUCCGGAAGGGGUGGCGCCAUUUGCACGGCCGGCAACCUGCUCUCCUUCACGACCGAUGCCAACGGCGCGGUGGCUGCCAACUAUGCCAGUGACUUGGGAGGAGCCUUCUACUCGGGUGGAGUAGUCGGGCAGGUUGUACUGACCCAGUCGUACUUCGCAAACAAUUUUGGAAGGGCAGGAGGCGCCAUCUAUGCAAACGACGGCGUGGUGAGGCUUCAGAUGGACGGGCAGAGCGGUGGCAACUCGCCGUUGGGCGGCAACAACAGGGCCUCGGAGUCCGGGGGAGGCGUGUGGGCGGGGCGCAGCAUCAUCGCUGUGUACGCAACCGACGCCAACAUACAGCAGAACACCGCUAUAACCAUGGGAGGGGCGCUCUAUGUUGCGCAAAACAUCUACCGCAUCAGUUUGACGCGCGGAAGUAUACGUUCCAACUAUAAUACCGGCGCAAACAGCGACGGUGGAGCCAUCUACGCCGGUGGGUUUCUUGGAGAGCUACUCAUGGACGCGUCCCACAUCACCGGCAACAGCGCGGACCGACAGGGAGGCGCCAUCAGGACGGGUGUGGCAGGCAUCCAGACCAUCAGAAUGACCGGCGCGUCGUAUAUCUCAAACAACCUCGCCACAAUUGACGGGGGCGGUAUCUGGACCGCCGGCGGACUUGACGCGCUGGAGAUGUCGGGCGGCUCCUACGUGUCUCUGAACAAAGCCAUCACCGGCGUGGGCGGCUUCCUGUGCGCUGUCGGCGGCAUUCGGGCCAUCUCCAUCAGCGGCGCCAGCUACGUCACUGCCAACACCGCCCCGGCCUCAAACGGGGGCGCGCUGUACUCGGGCGGGGACGUGGGCGCAGUGACGCUGUCGGGAGGUAGCUACAUGACCUUGAACGUGGCUGGCAGCGGGGGCGGGGCGAUGUACACAGCCGGCGCGCUCGGCAGCCUGACCCUCAGCGGCGCCAGUUACAUGCGGUGGAACAGCGCCGGCACCUCGGGCGGCGCGCUGCGAGUCGGCGGCAAGCCGCUGGCCAGCGACGCCGCCGCGCUGGCCGCGGCGCUGGCCGCCGUCGCCACCAUUCCGGCGGAGCUGGCGGCGCUGCCUGAGAUGCAGGCCCUCAACGCAACAGUGAUGUCAGGACUCGCCAGCGUGGGCGCCAUCAGUUUGGACGCCAGCAGCUAUAUGGCGGACAACUGGGCGGGCCGCGAGCCGGCGGGUGGCGUCGCGCUCUACGGCGGCGGCGCGCUCUUCACAGCCGGGCACGUCCAGAGCCUCACGCUGACGGCAGGCAGCUACCUCCGCAACAACAGCGCGGGCGUUGCGGCCGCUGCCACGGGCGGCGCAGUGCUGGUCACCGGAAUGAUCGGCGCCGUCAGCCUGGCGGGCGCGAGCUACGUCACCGAUAGCAGCGCGGGCGGCAGCGGCGCCGCCGUCUACGCUCGCGACGGUGUGGCGGCGCUCACGUUGGCUGACGCCAGCCAGAUCCAGCUCAACAGCGCCGGCGCUUCGGGAGGCGGCGUCUACACAGACGGUUUCGUGGGCCCUGUCAGCCUCGUGGGAGCUAGCCAGCUGGGUCGCAACACGGCCGGCGUCUCAGGCGGCGCGCUGUUUGCGAAGCUCGCGCUCUCGAGCCUGACGGUGGAUUCGGGAAGCAGCGUUGACGGCAACACCGCCGGAGACUUCGGCGGUGCAGUGAACGUGGGCGCCGCCGUGGGCUUCGUGGGUCCGGUGCUGGUGCGCGGCGGCAGUAGUGUGUCUGGGAACACGUGCGGCAAGAGCGGCGGCGCGCUGCGUGUGGUGGGGUACGCGCUGUCGGCCCUGCCCUCCAUCAGCGCCGCCGUCGCGGCGGGCCUCAGCUCGCUUCCGGCCGAGACGCGCAGCAUCCCUGCUAUCGCCGCGCUGGAUGCCAGCAUAGCAGCCGGCAAAGUCGGGAUCCAGUCUGUGGAGGUGAGCAGCAGCAGCCAGCUGUCAAAUAACUGGGCGGGCCGGAGCGACACCGCCGGGAACGGCGGCGCCAUCAGCAGCGGGGGUCUCAUCGGGAGCUUCAUCGUGGCAACGAACAGCCUCGUGGUAAAUUGCACAGCCGGCGGCAGCGGAGGAGCGGUGUAUGCGGAUGGGCUGGUUGUAAACCUCACAAUCACCAGCAACAGCAGCGUCAGCGGCUGUCGCGCUGGCAGCGGCAGCGGCUCCGGCAAUGGCGGCGGUGUUUACGCGACCCACGGCGUGCCCGAGCUCGCGGUCGCGCACGGCAGCACACUGCGUAACAACGCAGCCGUCGGUAGCACUAGCUCUGGCGGCGCGCUCUUUGCUGGCGGCCUGAUCGGGGCGUUCAAGGUGCAGAACGGCAGUGCCGUUUCAGGCAAUGCCGCGGGCCUGUCUGGCGGGGCGGUGUUUGUGGGCGCGGCAGCCGCCAGCAUUACCAUUGAGACCGGCAGCAGUCUCAGUAGCAACACAGCGAGUCUGGGCGAUGGCGGCGCUGUGUCUGUUGGCCUGGCCGCAAGUGGCGGCCUGGUAGGACCGGUGGUGAUCCGAGACGGCUGCGAUGUGAACGACAACACAGCCGGUCGCUCAGGCGGCGUACUUUACUCAGUCGGCAUUCCGCUGUCGGCUACGCCGUCGAUCCAGGCCCAAAUUGCGACAAGCCUUGCGUCGAUUCCUACGGACAUCGCCAACGCCCCGGACGUGGUCACUAGGUUGGCAGCAAUCGCGGGCGGCAGGGUUGGAAUCCAAUCGCUCGACGUCUCCAACAACUGCCGCCUGCUCCGCAACAGGGCGGGCACAGUGCCUGCACUGGUGUCUGCGAGCACCGGCGGCGGCGGCCUGGUAAGCAGCGGCGGCCACAUCGGCUCCGUGACCCUGUCACAGGGCAGCGAGGUGGCAAACUGCACCGCCGGCGGUUCCGGCGGAAUGGCGUACGUGGAUGGGGUGAUUGGCAGCCUCUUGGUGAGCGACACGGGUAGCCGCGGCGUCAGCCGCUGCUCCGCCGGUCUCAGCGGCGGCGUGAUCUACGCAAGCGAGGCAGUUGUGGCCUUGACGCUCAACAACUCCCUUAUCCGGGACAAUGCCGCUGCAGUCAGCGGCGGCGCCAUCCACGCCGGCGGGCUGCUGGGGGCGGUGGACGUCGUGAACAGCGCCGUCGUGAACAACACGGCGUCCACAGCCGGCGGCGUGCUGGCGGCGGGCCUGGCGGUGGGCAGCCUCACCCUGCGCGGCGCCGCCAACGUCACUGACAAUGCCGCCACCGGCGCCGUGCCGGGAUCCGGCGGUGACGGAGGUGCCGUCUACUGCGGUGGCCUGGUGGGCGCCCUGGCCGUGACCGGCACCUCGCAGCUGUCGCGGAAUCGCGCGGCGCGUGAUGGGGGCGCCGUCUUCGCCGGCGGCCUGGCGCUGUCACAGCUGCCGGCGGUCCGGACGGCGCUCAGCGCUGGCGUGGCCGGCGCGCUGCCGGCCGAGCUGCUGAGUCUGCCAGACGUGGCGGGCGUGGUGGUUGAUAUCCUCAACGCCAGCCUCAGUGUGGGGACAUUCACGCUCGACCCGGGCAGUGCGAUGGCUGGCAAUACAGCCGUGCGGGGCAGCGGCGGCGCAAUAUGCGCAGGCGGGCACAUCCCCAGCCUGCACUUUGUGCCGGGCGCUGACGCGACCGCCAACGUGGCCGGCUUGAACGGCGGACUGGCCUCGGUGGGCGGCGUGGUGUUGGAGCUGGUGGUCACCUCCAGCAGCAGUGUGACGGGCUGCGAGGCGACGGCGGGCGGCGGCGGCGCCAUCCACAGCUACCUCGGCCUCCUGUCGCUCACGGUCACCAACGGCACGGCGCUCCACGGCUGCAAGGCCGCCAGUGGCGGGGCCGUGUUCGCGGGGCGCGUGCUGGGGGCCCUGGUCGUCAGCAACCGCAGCAGCAUCACGGGCAAUACGGCCACAGGCGGCCCCGGGGGCGGCGUCUAUGCUGGGCUCAUUGGGUCGCUGCAGGUCAUCGGCGGCAGCGCCGUCGCCGGCAACCGCGCCAGCAGCGGCGCAUCGGGAGCGGGAGACGGAGGCGGCGUGUACAGCGCCGCUUUUAUCGGCGCGGUGGAGGUCAACGGCGGCAGCUCGGUCCAUGAUAAUACAGCUCGGCGGCACGGGGGCGGCAUCUACGCUGCGGGCCUGUCGCUGCAGCGCGUGCCGCCGAUCGCGGCUGCGCUCAAUGUCACGCUGCUGUCGGGCAUCAGCGUCAGCGGCGGCGCGGCAACCAGCGAGUUGCAGGCACUGGUCGACGCUGCCGUGGGCGGCAAAUUGGGCAUAGGGUCCGUGGUGGUGGCUAACAGCUCCAGUGUGUACGGCAACAGCGCGGGCACGGAUGUGGGCGUGGGCGGCGGCAUCGGCAGUGGCGGCCACAUCGGCACCCUGCAGCUGCUGAGCAGCACCGUGUACGGCAACACGGCCCGUCAUGGCGGCGGUGUGGGCGCAGUCGGCAUCCUCGCUAACACUACCAUCACCAGCAGCAGCUUGUACUCCAACACAGCGGUGAACGGCUCGGGCGGGGCGCUGCUGGGCCAGGCCGUGAUCCAAAUGGCGGUCCGCGGCAGUGCGCUGUACAGCAACCAUGCUGACGUGGGCGGCGUGCUGUGCAGCUACAGCCUGACGUACGACCUCAGCAUCACCGGUUCCGAGAUUCGCGACAACGUGGCCGACAGCUUUGGAGCCGUGUCGUACAGCGGCCUGGCGUACGUCAACACCGCACUGGACGCCGUACAUGUGCUUCGAAACCGUGCCCACCCCGAAGCCGUGUCGGAGUUUCCCGACCAGGGCCGGCAGUACCCCUACCUGUUCCAACAGCUGUGCGCGAUGAUUGGCGGCGUGGCGGCCAGCCCCACCGCGCCGGCGGGCUUCGCGGUGCCUAGCGAGUGCGCCGCCGGCCUGGGUGCAUUGAGCACCGUGCCGGCUAGCUUCCUGCCCGCGGUGCAGCUGAUGAUACCCUACAUGGCGGCGCACUCGGACGAGCCGCUCUGGUCGGGCGUGAACGUGACUGGAGGCGGUGGUGUGUUCUUCACGUGGGGCAACAUCCUGAACAUGGUCGCUGUCCGGAGCACUUUCACGGAUAACACCGCUGCCAGGUUCGGCGGCAUCAUCGCGUGUACGGGCGAGAUCCAGACGUUGGAGUUCAGUCGCGGCACCGUCGUCGCCGGGUCCUUCGCCAAAUGGAUAGGCGGCGCCAUCAUGGCGUUCCGCCAAAUCUCGGACAUGACGCUGCAAGACAACACCGUGUUUUACGGAUGCUCGGCGCGCUGGGGCGGCGCGAUCGCGUCCCUACUGGGGUUCAACCGGCUGCGCAUCAUCGACAACUCCCACGUCCGAAGCAGUGGGCCCGGUGUCAGCACCGGCGGCGGAAUCCUGUCAGGCUGGACGGGCUACAUCUACAACCUGCUCAUCUCCAACAACAGCGGCGUGUGGGACAACACUGCCACCUCGGGCGCUGGGCUGCUGCUGGACGGCGACCUAGUCAAUGCCACCAUCCAGUACAACUCCACCAUCCAGGGCAACAAUGCUACCGAGUCUGGUGGCGGCUUAGAGGUCCGCGGCAGGAUUCGCAACUUCACAGUGGAGCACGGCAGCAGCGUGCGCCGCAACCGGGCCGGAUUUGGCGGCGGCAUCUUUUGCAAGCUCGGUGUGUACGACAUGACAUUUCAACACAACAGCAGCUUGGAGCUCAAUGAGGCAAUUGACAACAACGGUGGAGGCCUCCUGCUGGACUAUGGCAGCGGUCAGGGUGAGCUGUUCGGCUUUUCGCUCCGCAACAACAGCCACGUCCGCUACAACAGUGCGGGGAGGGACGGCGGCGGCAUCAGCGUGCGUGCCUUGUGGCCGCUCAUGCCUCGGAUCAGCGGUCUGACACUGAUGGAUGGGAGCACCUUCACCGCGAACACAGCGUUUAUCCUGGGAGGCGGCAUCCACGUGUCUGGGACGCUGGACGCGGUGGUCAUUUCCGGAAACAGCGGCUUCUUUGACAACUCCGCCAACCUUGCCGGCGGCGGCAUCUACAGCAACAGCUCCGUAUACAACCUGCUGCUCGCCGACAACUCGGCCCUCAAUAACAACAGCGCCGGAGACGGUGGCGGCGGCGCGCUGGCAGUGACGGGCGACCUCCGCUCCGUGCGUGUGGCGGGCGGCAGCACCAUUGGCUCCAACCGGGCGGCCUUCUUUGGAGGCGCCGUCCGGGUGAACGGCACGGUGGAGUCGCUCGAGGUGACGCAGCAGAGCCGCGUGGUGCUCAACUCCGUCACGGGGGCGGGCGGCUUCCUGUGGGCCGGCGGCGACGUCACCAGGCUCACACUGACCGGCGGCUCGGCGCUCAGCGGGAACAGCGCCGCGGGCGCUGGGGGCGGCGUGUGUGCCGUGGGCGCCUUGUCUCAGGUGGUGGUGGCGCAGACGUCGGUCGUGUCGGAGAACAGCGCCGGCACCGGCUCAGAGGGAGGCGCCUUCUACGCGCUGCUGGGUGUGGUCGCCAUGGACGUAGCCGGCAGCAGCUCAGUACUCCGCAACCGGGCCGGCAGCGGCGGGUUCGUGGCGGCCAACGGCACCAUCUCGGGCCUCAGCUUCCGAGACGGCGCCGCUGUGACGGAGAACAGCGCGCUGCGGGACGCGGGCGGUGUGGUGUGGAGCGCCUCCGCCAUCACAGACCUGGCCAUCAGAGACAACGUGGGCGUGUGGCGCAACGAGGCGCAGGAGCGCGGAGGCUUUGCACACUCCAACGGCAACCUCUCGGACGUGGUCGUGGCCGGCAGCAGCCUCUACUCCAACCGCGCCGGCGCCCUGGGCGGCGUAUUCAGCGCGGCGGACACGUUGCGCAACCUGAGCCUCACCGCCGCCACACACGUGCACGACAACGUGGUGACAGGCCGCCUGGCGUGCGGCGGCGUUGUGAGCGCCGGCGCCGUGGCGGACGUGGCCGUCAACGGCGGCUCGACGGUGUGGUCGAAUACCGCCAGCGGAGCAGGAGGAGUGAUACACUGCAUCAAGACGCUCAGGCGCUUCAUUGUGUCCGGCGCCUCCCGCAUCUUCAACAACGCUGCCGGCCAACAGGGCGGUGUGAUCUUCUGUGGGGACGAGGUGACCAACCUCACCUUCACAGGCGCCACCGGCAUCACCGGCAACCGCGCUCGCGACGGCGGCGUGCUCGCCUCCAAUGGCGUUGUCAGCGGCAUGCGCGUCGAGGGCGCCAGCGACGUCUCAACAAACAGUGCUAGCGAGCGCGCGGGGGCGGUGUUUGCUGGGGAGCUGCAGCUGACGCUGACGGGUGGCAGCAGCAUGCGGGGCCACACCGCCAACUGGGGCGGAAGCAUCUACGUGCAGAGUGCCCUGCGGUCGCUGGUGAUCAGCGGGGCCAGCACGCUGAGCGGCAGUAAAGCCGGCGAAUUUGGCGGGGCUAUCUACAUCUUCGGUGGUGGAGCCUCCAGCACCAACACCAGCAUCAACAGCACGAGCGGCAACGGCACCGCUGCUGGCGGGGAGCGCUUCGGCGGCGCGUCCAACGUUCUGAUUGCCGAGGGCAGCAACGUCACAGAUGUGGCCGCCGGCGGCUCCGGAGGCUUUCUGUACUCGUACGUUGGCGACGUCUCCACCUUCAUUGUGACUGGCGGCUCGCUGGUGCGCAACAUCUCGGCGGCGCGCGGCUCAGGCGGCGUGCUGAGCACUGGCGGCGGCGUGGGCUCCUUUCGCGUGGAGGGCAACAGCCGCCUGCACGCCACCUCGGCAGGAGGCCGCGGCGGCGUGGUCUUUGCGGCGGCGGGCAUUGAGGAGAUUGCCGUGGUAAACGGCAGCGCUGUGUUUGAUGUGCAGGCCGGCGCGGAUGGCGGCGUGGGCGCGACGCUGGGCGGUGUGGGGCGCCUGGCUGUGACCGGCGCGUCGACGGUGCGGGACAUCCGCGCAGUGGGCAAUGGCGGCGUGGUCUUUGCCAACGCCUCUAUGGGCAGCAUCACUGUGUCGGGCGGCAGCAGCCUGCGCCGCUGCGCCGCCGGCCUCAGCGGCGGCGCUGUGCACGUGGGCGGCCCGCUGCACUCGCUGGAGCUGUCGGGCGGCAGCAGCCUGGACUCAAACACGGCAGCGGGCGGCGAUGGCGGCUGCGUGGCGGCCAGCACUCUGCUGCGCCUGGUGGUGGCAGACAGCGAGAUGGUGAACAACCGGGCAGCUGCCGCGGCGGCGGGGCCGAAUGCGGCAGCGGCCGCUGGCGGCAACGGUGGUGGUGGUGCCCGGGGCUCGGGCGGUUGUGUGUUCAGCGGCAGUGCUACUAAUGGCGCCGCCGGCAACGGGAUCGGUGGCGGUGGCAGCAGCGGCGGCAUGGGGGCCAUGGUCUGGUCUGUGAGCCGCAGCCAACUCAUCAACAACACCGCCGCGGCGGAUGGAGGCGCGCUCCACAUGGGCGCCAGUCCGGCUGCUGCCGGCGACCCGCUGCCCUCCCUGGAGCUGAGCCAGCUCACGGCGGCCAACAACUCAGCAGCAGGCGGGCGUGGCGGGGCCGUUGCGGUGCGCGGCGUGUGCGGCGUCAACGUCACACACUCGCAGCUCGUGGGCAACUCCGCGGGUUCGUCAGGCGGCUCAAUGGCGCUGUGGGACCCAGAAUCGGCGCUUGAGCUGCCGACCGGCGGCAGCAGCACCACGGCCGCAGCGAAGCUGCGGCGGCUGCAGCAACAGGACCCGGCCGGCACCGGCACGAGCACCGGCACCGGCACGAGCACCCCGGCACUGGCGUCGAGCUUCACGGCAACAGGGCUGACCGUGGCGCACAGCGCCUCCUGGGCCGGCGACGGCGGCGCGGUGUGGGUGCGCGGCGCCAGCGACGCCCAGUUCCUAGACUGUGUGUUCACGGCCUGCCGCGCCGACGGCGACGGCGGCGCCGUAGCGCUGGUCGGCGCGAUGUCGGUGGGGUUUGUGCGGAGCACCGUGAGCGGCGGCCGCGCCGUGUCGGGCCAGGGCGGCGGCUUGAGUGUGGAGGGCGCGGAGAAUGUUUUGUUGGCUGCUUCCAACAUCACCUCCAACGCUGCCGUACAAGCAGGCGGAGUCUAUGUGGGACCCGCCGUGCUCAACUCCAAUGCCAGUGCCACCAUCGUGGCGUACGACAUCCGGGUCAACGACAACACGGCAGGGCGACCACGUAGCGGCCACGCCUCGGCCGCGCACCCGGGCUUUGGCGGCGGCCUCUUUGUCGGCGUCCGCAACGCCUCCGUGCUUGUGUCGGGCUCGGACCUGGGCGGCAAUUGCGCCUGGCUGGGCGCGGCGGUGGUGUCGCUGGUGCACCGGUCGCUGGACACACAGCAGCUGGAGGCGACGGCGGGCGCCGCAGUCGGCAUGGCCGAGCUCCUUGGCGGCGGCACUGGAGGCGGCGGUGACGUCAGCAGCAGCAGCAGUAGCAGUAGCGGGGAUACCAAUGUUACUGGGGCGGCCUCCGGGGCCGCCGGGGGCCUGCAGCAGUCUGCCGGGUCAUCGUCGAGCGUGACAGAGCUGAUUGCGCAAGCGGACGCUCUCAUGCACAGCGUCGCCUAUGCCCAGCAGCAGAGCACUAGUGGCAAUGGAGAUGGCGGCAGCACCGCUGCCAGCAAUAAUGCAGGCAGCAGCUUUAUGUUCGUUUCGAAUAGCAGCCUGCAGCAGCCGGCCAAUCCCAACAACUGCUCCAGCUUCUGGACCGCCCAAGACCUGCUGCCGGCACAACGCCUGGCCUCUGCUGUGUGGGUGGAUGACCUGGAUGCCCACGGCGUCUUCUCCGAUACCGGCUGCGCGAGCACAGAGAACGUGUGCCUCAUCAGCUCUGCGCCCGCCGGCACGCCGUGGUUGGAGGGGCCGGCAGCUUUCGGCUCGGUGCUGCUGCUCAACCGCAGCUCCACAGUGCUGCGGCAGGGCGAGGCGUUCACGCUGAAAGUGAAGCUGUGGGACGCAUUUAACAUGUCCGUGUCCUCAGUGUUGGACCGGGGCGCCUACAACGGCACGCUUAUGCUGUUCAACAUGGGCCCCGACGCCGCCGCCACACUCCUCACGAGCCCGCAGAGCCCUCAGCAGCUGCUGUGGCUGCGCAGCCGCGCAGCCGCCCUGGACGGCACCACCACGCUCGCCUGCCUGCCCGACACCACCGUCGUCGAGGCCCUGACCGACCGCUACAAUGCCUCCUCACUCGUCACCAACGUCUCCGCCUGUGUGCCCGACAAGGCUGUAGCAUACCUGGCCGCCACAGGGGAGCAGGGCAUCACGGAGCCCUUCGAGGAGCUUGGGGUGCUGACGUGGAGCGACCUGGCGGUGCACGGGUGGCCGGGCGGGAACUACACACUGGCUGUGGUGGUGGCGGGUCCCAGUGCGGUUGAGCCCAUCCUGCUGCCGCUCACCAUUGAUGGCUGCCAGUUGGGCGAGUUCCUGCAGACCGCCGGCUCGUCCACUGCCGCCUCUCCCUCCUUCGACGGCAACGCCACCUCCACCACCGCUGCCGCCUCCGCCACCAGCCGGCUCGCGCUCAUGUCGCAGGCCGAGUGUGCGGCCUGCCCGCGCUACCAGGUGGGGCAGGUGGCGGACCCGCGGGAGGCGCUGCCCCCGGACGCGAGCUACCCGGCCUCGCUGCAGUCGCUGCAGCGGGGGGUGGCGUCCGUGUCCGCGGUCUGCCUGGAGUGUCCCGACAACGCGGUGUGCACCGGUGGCCGGGUGGUUGUGCCGGCUCCCGGUUACUGGCACACCUCCGCCUUCAGCCGGUUCAUGAUCCGCUGCCCCAACACCGCGGCGUGCUCACUGGAGCCGCCGAUGCCGGAGGCAGAGGAGGAGGCGCAGCCGGGAGACGAAACGACCGGCACCUCCUCCAGCACCACCACCACCGCCACCAGCAGCAGACCAGUCAUCCGCAUUGACAGUGUUGCGGAGUCGCUGCUGAUGCUCUCCGCAGACGACCCGCGCACCACGCAGCUCACCAUGUGCCAGGCGUGGACGUUCGCAGGCGGCAACACCGACCCCAACGCCACUGCAUACGCGCCCUGCGUCCUCAGCGACCCCGCGGGAGACACCUGGCGCGCCAACGAGCUCCUGCGCUCCAUCCAGGCGGCGGCGGCCGCAGCGGUGGCGGCGGCCGCAGGGCAGCGCUCACAAGGCACCCGCGCUCUGCUGGCGGUCCAGCAGCAGCAGCAGCUCACCGGCGGCGGGCCGAUCAGCUACAUGCAGCAGCAGUGCGCGGAGGGGUACACAGGCACCCUGUGCGCGGUGUGUGGGGACGGCUAUGUGCUCACCUCAUCUGGAUUCGAGUGCACCACCUGCCCGCCACACGCCACGGCGGUCACGGCCGUCAUUGGCGCGGCGCUUGUGGUGGUGGCGGUGACGCAGAUCAUGUUGUUGGCGAUUGAGCAUUUCAAGGAGGUGGCGCCGAGGCGCGGCGGCGGCGACAGCGAGGCGCGCCGCGGGAGCCGCGUGGCGCUGGAGGAUGAGGCGAACGAAGUGGAGGGCGGCAAGGCAGAGGAAGGAGAAGAGGAGGUGGAGGAGCAGGAAGAGGAGCCGGAGCGGGCGUCCUUUGGCGAGGUCUGGAAGCUGCUCAUCUCGCACUUUCAGCAGCUGCUGGUCAUCUGGCAGCUCGACAUCGCCUUCCCGCCCGUCAUCACGCGCUUCGUCAACCUCAUGGGCGCGUCCACCACCCCGCUCGCCAGCAACCCCUUCGUCUACCUGCCCGUCUGCCUGCUGCCCACCCACACACCCGAGCAGCAGGCGCGGCUGUCGUACCUGUUCGAGCUGCUGAUGCCCUUCGUGUCAGUGGCCUCGACCCUGGUGGUGUGGUUUUUCGGGUUCUGGAUUGCGCGCAAGUACUUUUGGUGGUGGAGCAUCCGCCGCGCGGCUGACAAGCAGAACAAGGUGGUGAUUGCUGUCCCCGCUGGCAGGCCUGUGAGCGCUGUGCGCCCCAGCAGGACUACGGAGCGCCGGCCUUCGGAGGACGACGCGGAGCCGCCCAGCCCCACGAAACAAUGCCCAGAGAACCACGUGUCAUUUGCCGACCUGGGUGACGUGACGGAGGCUGAUCACUCCGUGGAGGUCUUCAAACAGACCCGCCGCUCCGCCUCCUACACUGUGGGAUCCAACCCCUGGGCCGGCAUCAAGCCCGUAGUGGAACGGCCCCAGGACGACACGGCGGCAGCACCAGCAGACGCGGAGGCGCCGCCAGGGCCGCUCCGCGCCGGCCUGCCUGACCCCUGGCUGCGCCUGGGGCGGCAGCUGUAUGUGGUGCUGCUGGUGGCGGUGUUCUUCGAGUACCCCGCCUGGGCGGGUGUGGCUCUGGGCACCUUUGCGUGCUUCGUCAUCGACACUGACCUGGGCCCCUCCGCAGCGGCGCAGAAUGCGGUCGCCACCAGCACUACCUCCGGGUGGGCUUACAACAUGAACCAGGAGUGCUUCGUGGGCGAGCACGCGUCCAUGUACGUGCCCCUCGGCACGGUGGUUCUGGCGCUGUGCUGCGUGCUGCCGCCGCUGUGGACGCUGGGGGCGCUGCUGCGCACCACGCCCCAGCAGCGGCAACACGACGGCCGGACACGACUGAUGUACGGCUUCCUCUACAAGUCAUACAAGCCGCAGUACUACUGGUACGACAGCUUCAUGCAGCUGCAGCUGCUGGGGCUGGUGGCCAUCCAGGCCAUUGGGCGCGUGCUGCUCAUCGAGUACCAGGUCCUGCUGAUGCUGGUGGCGAUGCUCACCACCGCGGCCGCCAACGUGCUGUGCCGGCCGCUGCAGCUGGACCAGAUGAACGGGCUGCUGUUCAUGUCCUCGUCCGCGCUGUGCACCACACUCACACUCAGCAUGUACUUCGUGCUGGGUGGCUACCUGCAGCUCACGGCAGGAGCCGAGGACGCCAUCGCGCUGAUUAUCAUCGCACUCAACACCAUCGUAGCCUUCAUCUAUGUCGGCUACGCAGUAGCUGACGUCAAAGACAUAUUGCGCCACCCGCUGGUAUGGCUAGCCAGCCAUUGGGCACGGCUCCGCCAGGCGCUCCUGCCGCUGCUGCGCUGCUGCGGCUGCGCCCCCAAGCAGCGCAAGGCAGCGGUGCGGCCGCGCAAGCUGCGUCCCUGGCAGCUGGCCUGGUGGGCGGACCUGCACACGCCGCCCCGGGACGGCGCCGGCGAGGACGGAUGGGCCGCCUCCAACGCCGUCAGCAGCGGCGGGAGCCUGAUGCAUCACAACCCGGUGGCGCUGCUGGAUGGUGAUCAUGACGGCGAUGAUCACGACGAUGAGGGGGUUGCACACAUCAUGAUCAUGGCUCACCACGGGCAUGACGGACGCCGCAUGGGCUGGGCCAGCAUGACGGCGCAGCGCUUUGCCUCCGUUGUGCACCGCACCUUUGUGCGCGCCUCACACCUGCAGUCCGCAGCCAACCGCCGCUCCAUUGGCGGGGAGCAUGCAAGCGCGGCUGCUGCACACGGCGGCGGCGGCGGCAGGGAGAGCAUGGACGUCCACGACCUACACAGCAACCGGAACAGCAUCGAGGUCGGCGGACCGGCGGGCAGGGGCAAGCGGCGCUCGCUGCAGCUACCGGGCGCGCCGCCCAAGUGCGCCACAACCGAUGGGCUGCCGUCUCAAGGACUGCACACAGCAGCCCUGCUCCCUAGCCCGACAGCAGCCGCAGCAGCCGCAGCGGCGACAGCGGCUGCGAGGGCUUCUGAAUCCGGUGUUGCCACGGGAAGGCCCGCAGCGGUGAUGCAUUCAGCCUCAGCGCGUGUGCCGGCAGCACUUUCAUCACUGGAGGAGGAGCCCGCGGCGGACGCAGCUCUGUUUGACAACGACCUCCUUCCCGCGCACCUGGCAAGCGCCCUGCUAAGCGCGCGCGACGGCAGCGGUGGCAGCGGCGGCGGCGGCGGCGGUGCAGGCAGCAGCCCGUUGUGGUCGGCGAGCGGUGCGGUGCCCGCCUCCCAGCGCCGGCAGUCCAGCCCCCACGGCGGCGGCCUGACCGACCUGGACGCGCUCGUGAGCAACGCCGGCGGCGGCAUGUAUCGCAGCAACAGCCGCGGCGGCGCCGGCGGCGUGCUGGCUGCGAGCGUGUCCGGGGCACUGUCCCCUCCUGCCGCCCACGGCGGCGCGCUUGCCGUGCCAGGUGCCGGCGAGGCCGACCAUGUGCCCAUGGCCUCGCUGCUGCCAACCAUAGGCCUGGGACUGCGUCAGGGCUCGGUGACGGAGAUCUUCAUGAUGCAGCCGCCGACGGCGCUGGUGGCCCUGGCGGCCUCGCGGCCCACCUCGGACCGGAAGCUGUCGCGCGCCGGUAGCACCUGUGGCACGCCGCGGCGCAGCACCCUGGCAGCCGCAAGUGACACAUCGACCUCUGGCGGCGCAAGCGCGGUGAGCACGGGCGGUGGCGGCGGCAGCUCCGUGCAUGGCGGCGGUGGUGGCGGCGGCGGUGGCUCGCCUCUGCCAGUGCAGCUGGUUGCAUCGCCACUGCUGAUGUCCGGUGCUGGCGGCCUGGCAACAAGCGUCAGCGUCGGGGGCGGCCAAGAGCGCCGCCCGGGCACGUCCGGCGGCGGUACGAAUGCCAGGAUUGGCUCAGGGCUGCGCCGCUCGCAGCUGCGGGGUCUGCUGACGUCGUCGGCGCUUCCGUUCGGCGCGCCGCCGCCAUUGCCUGUCGGCCCAGCUGCCGAGGACAUUUCUGACAUUUCAACGCCCACAGACCCCAGCAAGCGGCCGGGCAGCGCUGUGCUACGCAUGCAACCCAAGGGCUUCCUGACGGCAACGGUCACCUCCGGAACAGUGCCGGUGCUACGUCCCGCUCCGCGCGGCCAGCAGGGCACCGCGGACGGCGGUGCUGACGACGCGGACGGUGCGGGUCGCCGUGUGCACGCAGCCAGCACGCUGACGUCCGCUCUGCCGUUUGGCGCGCCGCCUCCCCUGCCACCCGCGCCUGAUGAUGAUAACAUAGAACUGGAGACAUUGCUGGAAAAGGCUGUGAAGGAUGCCGAGCCAGGUGGCUCUGUGGCUGGCGCGGUGCCCGCUGACGGCUCAUUUGCAGCGAUGCCCUAGACAAGUGUUCCCCAGUCACGGGAACAGGGGCUGAGCCCCUCCACAGUCUGAGGCCGAACAACCUCAUCGCCCGGACAUAGCCGGGGUCGGUUGCCACAGGCACACAGCCAAACCAGUGCCUAGCAAUCGCGAUGCCACAGCAGAGCCAACCGCAGCCAGACGCAGCACAGUUGUCAACAGCCGCACUACUUGUCAUGCCGCUACGCAUGCCCUAGAAAAGCAGGUAGAUGGCCAGCAGUUGUGUCGCUGACGGCCACGGUACAGCGGCCUACAUUGUCCGUGAUUGCUCGCGUGUUUGCUGCUGCUUUCUUAUAAGUAUCAUGUCUGAUGCUUAUGUCUAUCCACAGUGAUUCAUGUAUGGCUCGCAAUAAUGCAAAACAGGUCGCAUUACACUUGAUUACUUGCUAGAGUUGCGCGCAGGGGUGCGUGCAACAUGAACUCUGCAAAGUGAUUGGUUUGCUGGUGCGUUUUUGAUCACGCGCGGGUGCACUUUGUCACUGCCAGCGGUCAAGGGCCUGCGAGGUUGUACGGUAAUGCAUGCAUUGAAUGAGUUCAGGAGCAUCUGGCUGCCAUGUGCCGUCACGUGCCGUCAUCACUGUCCUCCAGCUGGACGCUGCAUGCUGCCUUGAGAGUCCCACCGCCCACGGUUGUCCAGGGAAGGUCCUCCCCUGCUUCUGUCAUAUGGACAUUGCAAGGUUGGUGUUUCCGUCUGGUUUGGGUUUCCGUGUUCCAUUUGUGUGUCCUGCGCAUAAAGCAGUGAUUCUUAGGACCUGUUGGACCAGUGGCUUUUAUUGCGCAUUCGCGCACAGGUCCAGAUAAGGUGACACGGGCUGAGGCAGGGUAGUAUGAGCUGCCUGUGUGGCUGUAUCCUAGCGUAGAGGGGAGGCAGCUUCCGCCUCCUCCAUUAUUAUUUCCUCACCAGACACGGGCUGUUUUCGCGCGAGCUUCGAGAGAUAUGAGGAUUACCGUACCAGAUCCCAUGGUGGUGAUACAUUUUGUAUGUUGUGAGUGCGGCGCUGUGUGUGUGGCGUUGUGAGUAUGGACAAGCAAUAAAGACAUUGUGUCAGACAUCGCUGCGCGUGCUGCUACGGUGCGUGAAGAGCACUUGCAUGGCGCUGCAGGAUGAGCUGGAUAGAAGUACCGUAAAUAGGAAACUCUGAGGCUUGGCUACUUGCGCAGGAGGAAGCCACCAGUGCUCGAUGGUGCCCGUCGUGCGCGGCAAGGUGCACGGUAAUGGAGA